AUGCUUGAAAACAGCACAAUGGCUCUGACACCUGGGAGCAUAGUAUAUAUCACGGUAGAGGUUGUUAUUGGACUUUGCUCCAUCGUAGGCAACGUGCUGGUCAUCUGGGUGGUAAAGCUAAAUCCAAGCCUGCAGAAUACCACCUUCUAUUUCAUUGUGUCUCUGGCCGUGGCUGACAUCGCUGUGGGUGUGCUGGUCAUGCCUCUUGCCAUUGUGGUUAGCUUGGGCCUCACCAUUCACUUCUACAACUGCCUUUUUAUGACCUGUUUGCUGUUGGUCUUUACGCAUGCCUCUAUCAUGUCCUUGCUGGCCAUUGCUGUGGACCGCUACCUGAGGGUCAAACUCACAAUCAGAUACAAGAGAGUGACCACUCAGAGAAGAAUAUGGAUGGCCCUGGGGUUCUGCUGGUUGGUGUCAAUUCUGGUGGGGCUGGUCCCCAUGUUUGGUUGGAAUCAGAGACUGAACCCAGAGUGUUCUGGGAAUUCCAGCUUCCUCCCAUGCCUCUUCCGUUCAGUCAUGAGGAUGGAUUACAUGGUCUAUUUCAGCUUUUUCACGUGGAUCCUCAUCCCUUUGGUCAUCAUGUGCGCCAUCUAUGUUGACAUUUUCUAUGUCAUCCGGAACAAGCUCAGACAGAACUUCUCUGGUUCAAAAGAGACAGGUGCAUUCUAUGGGAGAGAGUUCAAGACAGCCAAGUCCCUCUUUCUCAUUCUCUUCUUGUUUGCCAUAUCCUGGCUGCCUUUAUCCAUCAUCAACUGUGUUUCUUAUUUCUUCCCUAAGGCUGAGAUACCUCCACUUUUGCUUAGCUUGGGCAUCCUGCUAUCCCAUGCCAACUCAAUGAUGAAUCCCAUUGUGUACGCUUGCAAAAUUAAAAAGUUCAAGGAAACCUACCUCCUGAUCCUCAAAUCCUAUAUCCUACACAUAAGACUGCUCUUCUAUCUUUCUUUUCAGAGAUUGGCUUCUUGGGCAAUGCAUCUCUUCUUAAUGCUUCUGGGUGCUCUUUUUACAGAUGCCAUAGUCAUGGAUAGAAAAUUCAAGGAAGCCUUUGUACAGGAUACGGCUUCUGCCACCUGCAGCUAUGACCCCUACUACAAGGACUAUCCCAAGUAUUGGUGCAAAGGCUAUUAUCGUAACUUCUGCAAUGUCAUUGCUUCCACACCUAACAGCACCAGCCGAGUGUCCUUGAAGGACACAGGAAUGCAACUCAUCAUUACUCUGACAUGCCUUACCAAGGAGGAUACAGGAUGGUACUGGUGUGGCAUACAGAGGGACCAUGCCAGUGACUACAUGGAUUAUACAGAAUUGAUUGUGUUUGAUGGUGUGAAAGACACAACAGGCUCACAGAGGAAGGAGAAUAGAACCUGUAAGGAGAGUGGUAUUGGCUAUAGUGAAAGUCACAACAGAAGAACAUGUCACCAGCCCAUGCUCCCUCUGAGGCUAUCUAUCCUGUCCAUCUGCAUGUUGGUCAUGGGGAUCGGGGUCAUCACCGUUGCAGUUAUUUUGCUCAGGAGGAAGCGAAAUCAAAAGCAUGUCCGGAUAGAUGACACUGUGAAACCCUUCUUGGGCCAACGGAUGAUGCAAGAAAAGGCUCAUAGGAACAGACUUGCCUGAAGAUUUCUCAAAAUAACAAAAUCAGAAAUAAAAUAAUGCCGUAGCAGAGA